GAUGAAGUUCACAUCCACGUACGCGCUGUAAAACACUGAAUUUGAUCCGGGGAAUGAGCGAGGAAUGCGCCCCCUUCUCUCGCUCUCGUACCCCAGAAAAAGCCACCACUGAGAGGCGUAGCGUCUCGGAGACGUUCGCCGCAUCCGCCGUAGGACAGGAUGGGGGACCUAUCUCCUGAAGCCACGGGUCGCGUCCUUCUUCACGGGCUCUGAGGUCCUCGCGUUUCAGAAGUGCCAGUUCCAUAACUGAGGUAAGAAAUAUGGAUCCGUCUCUGUCCAGCCAGCAGUAUGGGUCAAAGAAGCGGGUCAAAAUCCACCCCAACACAGUUACAGUAAAAUAUGCCACACACUUCCCCCAGCCAGGCGAUGAGGGCUAUGAUGACGCGCCCUCUUUUGAGGAUUUUGGCUCCUUCGUGGACAACAACCCCAGCAAGAGGCUGGUGUCGGACACCGGGCGUGGGAGGACUUUGUUUGGGACGAUGGAGACGCGUCCUCGGUCGGCAGGAGAGCAGAGGGAGAAAGGCGUGGGGAGCCAGCUGGCCAGUUUCGGAGAAGCAUCAGUGCUGGCGUCGCGGGUCACCUGGGGGGCGCUGUUCGCCGCGGCCGUCGCCCACGGCUGCGUGGCCCUGAUCACGCGCCUGGCGGCCGACCGCUCCAAGGUCCCAUCCCUGGAGCUCAUCUUCAUCCGCUCCGUGAUCCAGGUGCUGUCCAUCCUGGUGGUCCUCUACCACAAGGAGCCGCCGUUCGGUCCGGAGGGCUACCGCUUGCGCCUGUUCUUCUACGGCGUGUGCAAUGUCAUCUCCAUCACGUGCGCCUACACCUCCUUCGCCAUCGUUCCGCCCAGCAACGGCACGGUCACGUGGCGGGCGACCACCACGGUCUUCAGCGCCGUGCUGGCCUUUCUGCUGGUGGAAGAGCGCCUCACCUACACGGACGUCGUCACCGUGGUGGGCAGCCUCUUCGGCAUGUGCCUGGUCAUGAUCCCCAACGUCGCCGGCGAGGAGAAGUCGGCCGUGGGCUUCUGGAAAGAGGCCUUCGGCUACACCAUGACCGUCGUAGCGGGACUGACCGCUGCGCUCUCCAUGAUCGUGUACCGGGCCAUCAAAGAGCGCGUCAGCAUGUGGACGGCGCUGUUCACGUUCGGCUGGACAGGGACAGCGUGGGGGGCCUCCACCAUGUUCGUAAUGCAGGAGCCCAUAAUUCCCCUGGACGGCGAGACAUGGGGCUACCUGGCCGGCAUCUGCAUCUGCUCCACCGUGGCCUUCCUGGGCGUCUACUACGCCCUGAACCGGUUCCACCCAGCCCUUGUCAGCACUGUGCAGCACCUGGAGAUCGUCGUGGCCAUGUUUCUGCAGCUGGUGGUGCUACGCAUGGUUCCCUCCGCCUACGAUGUCUUCGGUGCGCUAGUCAUCAUGGUCAGCGUCUUUGUCCUUGCUGGCGUCAAGCUCUACUGGGUCGGCAGGGCCAUACGGCAGGAUUACCAAGAGAUCCUAGACUCGCCAAUCAAAUGAGUAUCUGUGUGUAUGCGCUUAUCUUUGUGUAUGUGACUGUGUGUGUGUGUGUGUGUGUGUGUGCCUGUUUCGUCUUUGUACAGUGUUUGCCAAACCAAACCCCAUUUCAUCAAAUGUGCAAUCGAUGAAUCUCUUAAUAUUCAUCUAUUUAUUUUGUAUAGUGUCUUUUAAAGAGUGUCAAUGGUAUAAUGUCUUUGCUAAAUGUUGAUGUGUGAAAUAAUAAAA